CUGAAAUUAAAGACAUGCGCCAUCCACCACCAGCAGGUUCUGAGUUGCUGUGUGUGGCAGUGGGCUGAAGCUGAACAUAUAGGCUGCUAGUAACUUUUAUUGGGUUCAGAGACCAGUGAAGCUCAGAUAACUGCAGGACAGCUAGGAAACCAAACCAUAGCGUUUUUCUUUCUGCUUCAGGCAGGAAGCAGAACUUGUUCCCACUCUACAGUCUAUAAAUCUGAGGCUAUCUCCUUAGGGAAGAUCCAGGCGGUCCCUUGGGGCGGCUCCUCAGUUAGUCCUUUGCCCUCGGGGAGACAGCGAGCCCGAUCGGACUUCCCACUUCCCGGAAAGGCUGGAGAGAAGAGUGUGUAUCCUGGGACGGGGGGAGUCCCUUUCCCCGCCCCUCCCCGCCCCGUGGCCGCGGCGUGGCUGAGCCCGGGGCGGAGCUGGCGUCUCCGCGAGCACUGGCGGCGGGACGGCGGCCGCGGCCCAGAGCAGACUGGUGUGGAUAGACGCUGAGACCGGCCCGGCGGGAUCACAGGCAGGAGGACGACCCGGCGCGCUGCGGUGUGGCCGCAGGGACAGAGACCUGGAGCUGUCCACUCAGGCGGAGCGGGGCAUCUUCAGGUCCCUGUGCCUAGACAUCCAGCUUUACCUGCCUGGCCAUGGCACUGUGUUUGAAGCAAGUGUUUGCUAAGGACAAGACGUUCCGGCCCCGGAAGCGCUUCGAGCCUGGCACACAGCGCUUUGAGCUAUAUAAGAAAGCACAAGCUUCACUCAAGUCCGGCCUGGACCUUCGGAGUGUGGUGAGGCUGCCGCCUGGCGAGAGCAUCGAUGACUGGAUUGCUGUGCAUGUGGUGGACUUCUUCAACCGUAUCAACCUCAUCUAUGGCACCAUGGCUGAGCACUGCAGUGAAACCAGCUGCCCAGUCAUGGCUGGUGGGCCCCGCUAUGAGUACCGCUGGCAGGACGAGCGUCAGUACCGAAGGCCUGCCAAGCUCUCAGCACCCCGCUAUAUGGCAUUGCUCAUGGACUGGAUCGAGGGUCUCAUCAACGAUGAGGAUGUCUUUCCUACACGUGUUGGAGUUCCCUUCCCCAAGAACUUCCAGCAGGUCUGCACCAAGAUCCUGACCCGACUCUUCCGAGUCUUUGUUCAUGUCUACAUCCACCAUUUCGACAGCAUCCUCAGCAUGGGGGCGGAGGCACAUGUGAACACCUGCUAUAAGCACUUUUACUACUUCAUCCAGGAGUUCAGCCUGGUGGACCAGAGGGAACUAGAGCCACUGAGGGAGAUGACAGAACGGAUCUGUCACUGAGUCCAGAUCUGAAUGUUGUUGCCUACCAGAUGGAUCAUCUGAACACAGUGUAGCUGGGAAAGGGGACCCUUAGGAGCCUGUUGGUAGAGAAAUCUGAAGGCCUACUGAAGACUCAACACCUCUGGACUUCUCAGAAGUCUAUCCGUGUCCCAGAAUGCAUGGAGAAGGGAGGGCUUCAAGUGGGCCAUAGAAGAAAAGGAGUUUAUCCCCUUAUAUUAAGUCCAAGAGUAGGGUAAGCUACCAGGUUUCUGCUCUGAAACUUCACCCUUUUACCCUAUCAAGAUGGUUCCCUAAUCCAUCGGGAAAUAUGAAUGUGGCUGAAGUGAUGGCAAGAAAAUUAUACAGAGUGAGUGCCUGCACCUGAGUAAGCAGGUGUGUGUGUGUGUGUGUGUGUGUGUGUGUGUGUGUGUGUGUGUGUGUGUAUGUGAUUGUGGGAUUUAUCUGAGAGAUCCACAUCCUUCCAGACACAUAGUAGGCCCUCAUGAUGGAUGAAUGGAUAGAUGGAUGGAUGGAUGGAUAGAUGGAUGGAUGGAUAGAUGGAUGGAUGGAUGGAUGGAUGGAUGGAUGGAUGGAUUGAAUGGAUGGAUGAUGGAUGGAUGGGUAGCUAGAUGGAGAGGUUGACUGUAAGUCCAUUAUAGUAAUGACAGCUUAGUGACCCAACUCUGACCAUGUGUACAAGUAUACAAAAUGUGUGUGUAGAUGGAAUUGUACCUCUGAAUCUUCUAGACUACCAUCUUCUAUCAACAUGAGUCCCUGGCAUUUGAGUGGAGGUUAGACAGUACAGCUUUGCCCUGAGUUCCUUAAACCUCUGACUUAGCACCAUGUGGGCUGAAUUGCUCAGCCAAGGAUAUCUAUGAAUUGUCAAUUCACUCAUCUCUGCCUCCAGAAGAGCCUGUAAUCAUUAAGCCUCUGAGCCAGGCAGUGGUAGCUCACACCUUUAAUCCCAGCACUUAGGAGACAGAGGCAGAUUGGAUCUUUGAGUUCGGGGCCAGCCUGAUCUACAGAGUGAGUUCCAGGGCUACAUAGAGAAACCCUGUCUCAAAACAAAACAAAACAAAACUGAGCAAACAAAUGGUAAGCCUCUUGAAGGUUGGGAUGGAUCCCUCAGGGUCCCCUGGAUCUUGAACUUGGACACAGGAUACUUCAGUCUCAAACCUAGAACCUACUGACAUGACUGAAGGCCAGCACAACAUAGCCCUCUAGACCAGGGAGCCACUGGAACUUGAAUUGGAGAAUCCAGAAUCUUUUCUUCUAUCUCAAGACAAUGAGGAUCAUACAACUGUUGGAGACAUUCCCAUCCUAAAAACACCUGCCUCAGACCAACCUCCUGAUACAGUCAAGGCUUCUUGGCUUUCUAAGCACAGCUAUCCAGAGAGGCUAGGAUGCUUGUUCAGUAGCCAUUACUCAGUACCUCCAUGCUGAGCCCUGUACACAGACUCACAGGUAGGGAAAUAGGUUUCUGCCCUUCCAGAGCCUUUAUCCUCAGAGGCCAGGAUGAGAACAAGAAGUCACAUAAGAAUAUUGUCUCUGUCUCUCAAUAUGCAUUGGAGGAAACUGAAACCAGUUAAAAAUCCAAGGUUCUUGACUUCUACUCUGGGGCCUGCUGAUUGUGACACUGAGAUUCGUGUGCAAAUAGAGGUUGUCAGACACUCUCCAGGACACAACUGUUUCUGCUUUGAGUAAGGAUUUCUAGCCUGACGCCAGAAAACCCUACCACACCCUGGGUUGACUAGAGAUGGCUGCUGAGUCAAGCCUCCAAAACCAGGCCCCUUCUUAUGACUGAGGAACUGCCUGCCUUCCAGAAAAACAGCUGGGGCUCUCUGGGGCAGCAGGACCUGGAAUGUCUCUGCUGGGCCCAGAAAAGUCCCCAAGGGAAACACGCUGGUCUGCAGCUUUGGCAGUGGCUCAGAACUGAGGACAGUGGGAGAUUCCCUCACGGUGGGCUACAGAAUAUAUUCUGAAUUCUAGGCUGUGAAAAGGGACCACGGGGGUUGGGGGGAGGGAAAUCUAUUUUUAUGAAAGAGGAAGGAUUUUAUUAUUUUUUGGU